CCCCCCCCUCUUUUUGAGAGGGAUUUGCGUCUAGCUAGCAAGCAAGGGAAGGGAAAGGGACGCAGCGCAACCGAGCCCAGUCUGACCCCCCCUCUCUCCCGAUCCGACCAGGCCCCGACCCCUACCCAUGGCCGCGCCGCUCGCACGAGCGCCGCUGCCGCGGGCCCCACUUCGCCCCGCUCCCGCCGUCCAGUUAGUCCCGCGCGGUCGUCUCCGGGCGACGGCGGCCAGUGGUGGGGGCGCGGCCGGGCCCGUGCUCCGCACCUGCAAGAACUGCAAGCAGCAGUACGACCCGGUGGCGAACCACCCCUCCGCCUGCCGCUACCACACCGCCCACUUCGGAGGUGAAACAAAGAGAAAAUUUGAAAGCGUUUACGCUGGUGGGACCAUGGAUACUCCAGAUUCAGGCAAAGUGUUCCAGUAUUGGCAUUGCUGUGGGUCAGAAGAUCCAUUUGAUGCAGGCUGUACUGCUUCCCCUCACUGUUCAUACGAUGAUUGAUGCCCCAUGGUUGGUUAUGUUCAUGUAAUUGUGUUGUUUCAUGUGAAUACUGGUUCCCAGGUUGUUAGCGCCUUACAUGGGAGAAAGUAUGUAUGCGUGAAACACUUUUGAAAUAUAGUCUCUUGUUUAGCUUUAACCUUCUUAACCAAAUGUUCUCUCUGGGGUCAUUUAAUUGAUUUGUUCUUGAAUACCUCA